CUGGCGAUAAAAUGGCUGGUAUCCUAGAUGAAUUAAAUCAGGGAGGGUUUUCGUUUGAAAACUGUAGAAGGAAUGCAGUUUUGGCAAAGCAGGGCUUCAAGCACCCAAAGGCCACUAAAACAGGCACAACUAUUGCUGGAGUUGUCUUUAAAGAUGGUGUGGUCCUAGGAGCUGACACAAGAGCCACAAGUGACACCAUUGUGGCUGAUAAAAAUUGUUCAAAGAUUCAUCGCAUUGCUGACAAUAUCUAUUGUUGUGGUGCUGGUACGGCAGCUGACACAGACAGAACUACAAAAAUGAUUGAGAGCAACAUGGAGCUGAUUAGGCUGAAUACUGGUCGGACGCCUCGAGUCGUUGCUGCCAACAGGAUGAUUAGGCAGUUUCUUUUUAGAUAUAGUGGCCACAUAAGUGCGGCCCUUGUACUUGGGGGCGUGGACGUGACAGGGCCCCACCUAUUAUCAAUUCACCCCCAUGGCAGUUCCACGUCACUACCUUACGUCACUAUGGGUUCUGGAUCUUUGGCUGCAAUGGCAGUCUUUGAGAGCAGAUACAAAAUAAACAUGGAGCGUCAGGAGGCGAUGCAGUUAGUGCACGAUGCCAUAGCAGCGGGUAUCUUCAAUGACCUUGGCUCUGGUUCAAAUGUUGACCUUUGCGUAAUUACCAAAGAGAAGACAGAGUACCUGAGACCAUUUAAUGUGGCCACUAAGAAGGGAGUGAGGCAAGGUGACUACACAUACAAGAAAGGUACAACAGUUGUUCUCUCUGAGACUGUUGAAUACAUCGAGGAGGAUACAAUGGGAACUGAAGUUGAUACGCCGUGCAGAGUUCAAGAGCAGACGCAGAUGAUGGUCACAUCAUAAUUUGUAGAAGCUCUAAUUCGGAAACGUCCUAAUUUAAUAGUGGUUUCGUUUGUCUAUUCCUGAGAUGGCUGAUUUGUCAAGAUUGUGAUAACUGUGACUAACUAUAUUUAGUGCUAGCUUAGUGGUGAAGAGUUUCGUAAAAUGACUUUAUUCUAUUUUUUAAUGAUUUGUUUCUCAAAGAUUACGUAUUGGAGUGAUCUAGCGUUUGGAAGGUGCGUUAGAACGGGCAUAAGUUAUUUCGAACGUGAGAAUUAUUUGUAAACGGCAACAUUGUUUUGGCUUAACGGUCGUUUUUCAAAACGGCAACACUAGUAUUUAUUGCAUUAUGAUAAUACAAAUUAUAAAGUAAACAGGGCCGAAAGUUCAAUAAAAUCGUCCGUU